GAUCUGCUGCAUAACAACACAGCUUCCCACCUUCCUCCUCUCCCAACCACGACUUCCCAUCAACAAACGCCAAAUCUCCUUCUCAAACUUCAUUCCCAGAUCCUCUCACCUUACGCGACGAAAGUCCCAUCAAUUUCUUCCUCUUUCAAUCCAAGUUCAUCGCAUACUAAAUAACACAAUGGCAAGAGAAGGAACACGCUCUGCGACCGGAAACUCUCGACCAAGAGUCUUCCCAACUGUCCCCGUCACCGAGACCACUACGAAGAAGCGUGCCACUGCCAACACUGGUGCUAAGAGAGGUCCAAAGACUACAACUACCAAGGCGGCUAAGCCAACUGGCGUCACCAAGAAGAAGGCUGCACCAGCGAAGAAGACGAGCGUUGCCGACAAGGCCAAGGGUGUCGUGAAGAAGGUCGAGGGUACUGUUACUGGCAACCCAGAGAAGAAGGCUGCUGGUACGAAGAAGAUCAAAGGCACUGAUGGUAGCAAGACCAAGGCCACUGUUACCAAGAAGAAGUAAAUGCCAGCUCACGAAUAUGACUCCAACAACAUGCACGAACAUGGACAAGGACUACGCAUGUCUCCAGUCUGUAGAAAUCACUGGGAUGACUUACGCUCUUAUACCCCUUGUCCCUUCCUGCCCGCUGGAGCGAAACUGGCGUUUGAGGAGUUUGCGAUGGAUGGGUGGACUGGAUGCAUGACGGACUGGGGGCGGUUUAAUGGCAUGCACUACGUUAUGGUUACAUGCUGUUGAUAGGGCUUCGUUCAGGAUGGAUUAUGGUUUCCUUCUAUGUGCUUACUGGCUCAUAUCUGUUGUCUAUGAUCGUUUCUUUGGUGCCUCGUACAGUACAUGCAAAGGUUUCAGUUGACAUAAACUCUUCUUCUUCUUCUGAACCGUGAUCAGAAC